ACUAAGUUGGAUAGAUGUAGAGAGAGUAGAGAAGAGAAGAGUAGAGAUGGGGAGGAGACCUUGUUGUUCUAAGGAGGGACAAAAUAAAGGAGCAUGGUCGGUUUCUGAAGAUAAGAUGCUUACCGAGUACAUCAAGCUUCACGGUGAAGGAAAAUGGAGAGAUCUCCCAACAAGAGCAGGAUUAAAGCGAUGUGGGAAGAGUUGUCGCCUUCGAUGGAUGAAUUAUUUGAGACCCGGUAUCAAGAGGGGAAACAUUUCUGACGACGAAGUGGAGCUCAUCAUCAAACUCCACAAGCUCCUUGGCAACAGAUGGUCCCUAAUAGCAAGGAGACUUCCAGGACGAACAGACAAUGAAAUUAAGAACUACUGGAACACAAACCUUAGCAAAAAGGCAGAGCCCCGACAGACUCUGCACAACUCGAAGAGAAGAGAUGGUAAUGUAUUGGACUCAUCGGAAGCAACUGCUACAGCCGACAAACAGUCCCAUCAAGUUAUCCGAACCAAAGCAGUGAGGUGCACCAAAGUUUAUCUCCCGACGCUACAAGAUCUAGAUGAUUACGCAAAGCCAAACAAUGAGAAUAUAGCUCCUCCGAGCAACGAGACACCAUCUUCUUUCUCGCUUCCUCCACAUGCCGGUUCGAUCGAUCUGUUCAUGGACUUCGACAUGGAAGAGCUCAUGUCGAGCUUCGCGGAUGAUGGAUUCUAUAGUCUAUGCAACAACAACGAGGACAAAGACGACGGCAACGCGAUCGGUUCUUAUGCCGGUGAGGAUUCGCUUUGGUUUAGCGAAACCAUCCAAGAAGAGUGGAGAGAAAACAAUGGCACAGAUCAUGACGAUUUUGCAUGUAUUUGAGAUUGCAAGUAAUUCAGCAUGCAGCUUCUUUACUAGACUCUUGAAAGAAAUUAUAUGAUGGCAUGGUAAAAUAAAAAAUACAGCUUGUACACUUCAAAAGAGGUGCAAAUUUUGCAUCUCCAUUCUAGUAUUUAUAAAAAAUCAAAUAAUUUUUAAUAAAAACAAAAAAAGGAUG